AUUAGCAAAAUUGUCUUAAACUGGUUGUAUUCGUCUGGAAUUCAAAAACACCUUUCCACUUUUUUUUUUUCUCAAAGACCAGUACCCCCUCCCACAGUCUUACCUGAACACCUCCCACUUACAGUAAGCGAAUAUUGUAUGAACACGUUAAUAUUUAUUAGCUAAAAUAGGCUGUAAUUGAUGAAUGUGAGGACACAAUGAGGACAAAAAUGUGUUACGUUGAAAUUAUUAUUAUUCUUCAACAACAAUCAUAUACAGGUUUUUCGAAGAGGAAGUCCCAAGCGUAAUUUAGGGCGUACUCAGUACACACGUGCGCCUGAGUAGAAAGCUGUCUAAUAAACCUUAAUUCACCUGACGGGAAGCAAAUGGUUAUUAACUUGCUUAUUAACUUGCAUCCCUUUUGCAGGACAAGAUUUGCAGAACAGCACUCAACCCCGGGAUGACUGAAUCUCAUACAAACACGAGGAAUCCAACCGGUCUGUAUAAUGUGGAUGGGUACGAAGUUUCCUUCCCCUUUGAUGAAAACAUGGACCGCUCUGCCUAUCUCAAUCAAAGUGAGCAGAUUUUGGAAGAAUCUUCAUCCGAAAUGCCGCCGCACUAUAGCCCAUUCAUGCUGAUCACCAACCUGCGCACCCACCUGUGCGUGUCCCUGGAAAAGAACUCAUGGCUUCAGAAGCGUAUCGAUGAUCUGGAGGAGGAGCGUAACUUCCUACGCUGCCAGUUAGACCGUUUUGUCUCAUCCAUGAGGACCGCAGAGAGCAACCGUAAAGAGCGGAGCGGUGCAGAACGAUCUCCAAGCCCUCCUCCUUCACCCAUGAACACUAGGUCUGGAAUGCUUCGGAAACGCGUCCAAAGCCAACCUGAAACACGUAGCAGCCGAGUACCAGUUAAACAGGAGGUGCGUGUGAUCGAAGAAGAUAAGUACUUUGAGGAAGAUGGUUACCUGGAGGAAGAGGAAGUGGAAGAUGAGGAGGAUUCAUCGGAUGAGAAGAUGUCCAAGAAAAAAGGUUCGAAGAGUAUUGGGGAGCCAAGAAUGAAAAUGAGAAGGGUUUUCCGGAUCACUCGGGGCAAGGAAAGACAAAGAGUGAAAGACCCUGAUGGCGUGCUCCAUCGGUACCAGAAGAUCCUCCUAACUUACCAGCGCCUGAGGAGCAUGUCCAAGGCCUUCCAGGUCCACCGGGUUGACCGCAACACCAUGGCCUCCACCUCCCCCAUCGCUGAGUUGCUGCUGGUGGCCCCAGAGAAGGUGGCUGAAGUGGGAGAGUUCGAGUCUUCUAAAGAGAAGCUCCUGGACUACGCUCGUCGCUGCUACAAGGCCCUGGACGAGCCCAUGCAUGCUAAAGUGGCGGCCAUGAAGAAGAACCACUUGCUUCUACCAAUCUCCUAUAGGUUCAGAAACUAGCAUAUGUGUGGGGGGUGUGUGGGGUGGGGGUGUUGAGAGAGAAAAUGAUUGACCUUUAUUAAGUCACUUUCCAAAGCCUGUAACAUUUUUCUUGGGGCCGUUUCGUUCUAGCUUCAGAACCUUUAAUUAUUUCAUACUUUAAGUGUACAGCAUCUUAGGUGAGGACUGUUAAAUAAGAUUCUGACAGUGUUGAAUUCCAGGACUACUGCAACAGGGGCUCCUGAGUGGAGGAUUUACUUUUUUGUGGUUUACUGAUAUAUCUGGUAUCUUAUUUAAUUUCCUUGUUGCAAGAAAAGAGAGUUAUCUAAAAGCCACACACUGGAUUAUUUUAAGAUGUUUUCCAGAGGUUACACGUGAAAACAUUGUGUUGGCUCCAUCCUGAGUUAUCCACUGGUUGGUUAUGCUCUUUAUAGUUUUCUUUGAACGUAUUUGGGUCAUGGCGUUCCAAAUUUCAUUAAGUCAGAUUGAACAGAAUGAUAGUCUGAGGUGGGAGUUUAUGCAUGAUUCGUAUAUGGUAGAAGCUCUGACAUACUGCAGACACUUCAUAGCCUCCUUUUAGAUUCUGGAUAGUGUUUGUAAUUGACUGCCAUUCAGGGUAAUCUAUAUGACAAGGUUGCUUUCAAAGAAUUUGGGUUGUUGAAAUUAAUCUGAAGUGUGAAAAAUGUGUGUUACAUUAAAUAUUGUUUUGAUGGUCAAGUUUUGGACAGGCAUAAUCUGUGAUUUAAAGAAAAUAUUUAUUUAUUUGUUUGUUUUCAUUUAAUUGUUUAACCAGUUGUUAAUACCUGAUGAUCAA